AUGUAAAACACGUGCUUCAGUUUAAUAUUUAAUUAUUGACUGUGCAUACAUUGUUUUGAUGAUUUUAUUAUGUGACUACUGUAGAUUUAAUUUGCAUUUUGAAAUCAUUCAAGUGUUUUUUGUGUUUUAAUUUUUUUUCUAUGAAUGUUAAUAAAACAACAUGAUAAAGUUAGAUACAUCCUUUAGUUUAGGUUCAAUUAUUGAUGCCAAUUUUUUAGGAAUUGCUAAUGACGCCAAGCAUAAUAAUGUUAUAGUUACGUUGUCCAAAAACAUGGUCACUUGUUUUCACGUACCUAGUCAAAAGCAGAAACAUUGUUGGAGCAGCUCUGAUAAAUUAUCCUCUGAAGUUAUCUAUGAUCCUUCAACUAAUUGUUAUUAUGGAGUAUUCAACUAUACUAGAGUUGGAAAAUGGCUAAGAAGUUCUUUAGAAAUGAAAGACAUGAAAAAAUUCAAUUUCACUACAAAAAUAAUAAAACUUUUAACUAGAUCAGACUACAAUGGUGCUGUUGCAGUUUUUGAAAAUGGAUAUUGUGAAUGUUUAAAUGACGCUAUUAGUAGAAGAAAAAAACCUAAAGACGCUAUCAUAAAUGAUGAUGAAACAAUUGAAUUUGCUAAAAUAUGUUUAUUUAAAACUAAAUCGCUGUGUGUUUUAGUUACAGUUGAUAGUAAGGAUGUGAAAACAUUAUAUACUGUACCAUUGGAAGAAGAUUCAUAUUUACCAAUUAAAUUACAAAUAACUAGUAAUAAAAAAAAUAAAAAGUUACUUGGUUGUUAUUUAAGAGAAAACAAAGAUUCAUUUAGUAUUUUAACUUUUUGGUCUGACAAAUGUUUAUAUUCUUAUGAAUUGUAUGAUGAAUCUAAAAUCGGUGAAUACCCUGGAAAAGUAUGUACCACUGUUAAUUUGAUUAAUACAGAAAAUCCUGUAACUAUUAUGCAACUAAGUUCAGAUUGUAUCGGGCUGUAUGGAGCAGAACCAAAUGGUGAAGGAGGAGCUUUGGUUGUUUAUAAUUUCCAUUACAACAUGACAGUGGCUGUUCAACAUUUCAAAAAUUAUAACAAUCCUCCUAAUUUAUGGUGUUUUGGAAAUAAUCUGUUGUUGAUAACUGGUCAAAAUUUAGCAGUUAUUCCUUUUACGUGUGAACGAAAUAACUUGUCUUUACUGAUGGACAGUAAUUUAAUAGAAAAUAAUGAACAGUAUGUAGAAGUCGAGUGGGAUACAAAUGCCAAAGACAAAUGCAGUGAUAAAAAUAUUUCAAACUCCACUCUAUCACAAUCAAAAUUGAACGAAAUCACUAUAAGCGAUUAUUUGAAAAAAAAGGAUGACCAAUCGUUGAUACGUCUACUGAAAGAACAAAGUGAUAUUAGUGACAAUUCAUUGGUUGAAAUAUUGUUGUAUUGUAGUUUGAUUCCCAAAAAACAUACUGAUCUGUUGCUGAAAGUAUUUUCAUAUCCUCCUUUAAACAGACCAUCGUGUUUAAGAACUCGAAUGCCGUUCGAAAAUAUGUUAAAUGUUUUAAAAACAACACAUUCCUUUAUGAAAAAGGAACUUGUCGAAGACAGGCUAAUAGAUUGGACGACAUUAAUGAUAGAUUGCUCGUAUCAACAAAUAUUGUUAUCUAACGAUCCAAACGUACUUGAAUUUAUUACCCAAUUACAAGAUGACGUGAAUUGUAAAUGUGACUAUGCCGAAGCAGUGAAUAAUAUAAAUAAUAUUUUGUCAGUUAUUAAAACUAACAGUGGUAUUAAAAAAAAACGUACAGAUGAGCCAGUUAACAAUUUGUAUAAAAUUGAAAAAAUAAAUUUAUAUUAAACUAAUUUUUUGUACGUAAA